UCUCUCCUUCAAUAAUUUACUUCCCCUCUCCUAAAAAGAAAACCAGCCUGGUUUUCUGAGCUCAAGCCCAAACCCAAAACCUCCACUCUCUCUCUCUCUCUCUCUCUCUCUCUCUCUCUCUCUCUCUCUCUCUCUCUCUAUCUCUACACCACCAUAAGAAUGCUCCUCCUCCACCUCCUCCCACUCUUCUUCUCCCCCUUCACUCACCCCCCCAUCUCAUGAGCCCAACUCCCCUUCUUCCUCCUCAACACCCUCUUCACGGUUCACACACCAGAGCUUGCCACAGUACUCUUUAGUGGGGGCACAGCAUGGACUUAGGUGGUGGUGGUGGUGGUGGUGGUGGUGGUGUGGCAAUGGCCAUGGAUGGGUUGGUGGGCUCCUCCUCAGAGAGUGGUAAUGGUGUUGGAGUUGGAGUUGGAGUUGGAGUUGGAGUUGGUUUCUUCUCCCCAUUAGACUCUGGAUCUAGUUUUCUGAAGCAUGGGAGGAGUAAUGGGGGAGGAGAGGAGAGUGAGUGGAGGUUGUUGAAAAUGGCCAGGACAGAGGAAACGCCAUUGGCGCCCACCACUAAGGAAGCCUCUUCCACCUCUAGUGCUUCCUCCUCUUCUUCUUCUACCUGCUCGCUUUUGAGAUCACACUCCCAUUCCCUGUUCUCUGAUGGGGAGCAGAUGCUCAGCUUCUCCUCCUCACCAGCCAACACCAAUGGUGGGGCUUUCCCCUACUAUUCUUCAGCACCCUCUUGUUUUAGAAAUGCAGGGUUGGGUUCAGGGAGCUCAAAUGGGAGCAUGCAUGGGGUUUUGGCACGUGUGAGAGGGCCCUUCACCCCCACACAGUGGAUGGAGCUGGAGCACCAAGCAUUGAUCUACAAGUACAUUGUUGCUAAUGCACCCAUACCACCCUCUCUCCUCAUCCCAUUCAGGAGGAGCCUAAACCCAUCUGGGUUCCCUCCAUUCUCAUCUUUUGGUCCAACCACAUUGGGGUGGGGAUCAUUUCAUCUGGGCUAUUCCGGUAGUAACGCAGAUCCGGAGCCCGGGCGGUGCCGUCGGACGGACGGGAAGAAGUGGCGGUGCUCUCGGGACGCAGUGCCCGACCAGAAGUACUGUGAGCGCCACAUGAACAGGGGCCGUCACCGUUCAAGAAAGCAUGUGGAAGGCCAAUCCAUUGGCCAUCAUGCCGCUGCCAAGUCCAUCGCCGCUGCUGCCGCCGCUGCCGCCGCUUCCUCCUCACAAACAGCUUCCUCAGCUGCUGUAUCCUGUGGUGGCGGCGGUGGUGGCGCUUCGUCGACCACCACCACCACCACCACCACCACCACCACCACUACUAACCUUUCCAUCGCACGGCAGCAGCAGAAUACUAAAAGCUUGGGUUUGAGUAUGACCGAUUGCUCCGCAGAUUUGAACAGGAUGCUGAUGAGCAAAGAGAACGUAAGCGAUCGUGCGCAUGACUCCCAAAACCUCUCUAUGCUAACUUCCGUAAACCAAAAACCAAUCAUAGAUGCUUUCCUUCCGACCUCAAAACGGCAGCCGUACAAUCCCUUUGAACAACCCCUCAUGAACUCUCCGAGAAGCUCCUUCUCGGAAAACCUCAGCUUAAUACCGCCGACUAAUAAACUCGAUGAGCACACCCAACUCCUUCCGCUUCACCAUUUCAUCGACGAUUGGUCUAAAACCCGUUCUUGGUCGGAGGUGGAAGAGAUGCAGUGCGACAGAACCCAACUCUCCAUUUCUAUCCCGAUGGCUCCUUCUGACUUCUCCUCCUCUUCCUCUUCUCCUAACCACGAGAAAUUGACGCUGUCGCCCCUUAGACUCUCUCGCGAGUUUGGUCCUAUUACCAUUGAGUCGAGCCAAAGGCAACAUGCAAAUUGGAUACCAAUAUCUUGGGAGGCUGCUUCGAUUGGGGGGCCUCUAGGGGAAGUUUUGACCAACACCAACAAUAGUAACAUUACUACGCCUAAGGGCCAAAGCAAGAACUGCUCGGAAUCAUCACUGAACCUCUUAACGGACGGCUGGGAUUCGAGCUCGAGCCCGCGGUUAGAGUCUUCACCGACUGGUGUUCUGCAGAAGAGUAAUAACUUCUGUUCCUUGUCUAGUAGCACAGGAAGUAGCCCAAGGCAGGAGAAUCAUAAUCCCCUGACCAUCCCCUCGCUGUGAGCUUAUUAGCCGGAAUGCGCAAUCAGUUGCCGAAAGUAAAACUAAGUGUGGAUUUGUUUGUUUGUUUUAAGAAGGGGUAUUUACUUUUGGUUUUGUUAGUUUCAUCCUAUUAGUUUUUUUCUCCCCCCUUUUUUUAAGCUGCCUCUUUGGUUUUGUACUUUGUUCUUCGCUGACGUGCUUUGUCGGAUUGCAUGCAAGUGAUCGCCUCGUUUUUUUUUUUAACGGAAUGUACUUUUAUCUGCAGCUUAUGUAUAUCAGCUCGGGUUCUAGUUUGAUAAGGUUGGCUAUAUCAUCUUAGCAUGUUGUUUCAAAAUGCUUUUGCUUGUCGAUUCUCUCUCUGGCAGUGGUUGAUCUAUCUUUUGUUAUAUGGGCGAGAGCAGGUGGAGUGGCGCGCUUACAUCCCGCCAACUUGUAGCUCAAAGUGUAGCACUUUGCUCUACUGCAUCUGCAGCUUUGAAGUAUAACACUUUGCCCUUUGUUGUUUUAUUUUAAGGUUCUUAUACUUGGCUACUCCUUAUGGUGUUACU